AUGCCCACUGCCGCCGCGGAGAUCGAAGUCGACGUCCAGCUGUACCAAACCUUCGCCGCACAGCUCGGCCUCGAGACCAGGACCAACCUCCUCCUGCGCGAGUGGUACCGCCACGAGGUGGGCUGCGAGCCCAGCACGCCGAUGCCGUACACCGAGGGCGUCACUUCGGCCGACACUUGCCCCUCUGUCGAGGCGAGCGACGACCUCAAGUCCAAGCUGUACGACAAGGUGCAGAGCCUGUGGCACCUGCAGGUCGAGCGCAACCGUCUCGACGCCGAAGGUUUCGUCCACCGCUUCGGAUACGAGCCGCGCACGCCCCUGCCGUACACCGAGGCCGGGGUUGGCGAGAACGUCGAGGCCAAGGACGCCGUCGCCCUCCUAACCGGCGUGCACACCGCGCUCGCCAGUAGCUGGUUCCUCCAGGUCGAGAAGAACCGUCUCCUGCGUGAGGCAUUCGUCGUGCAGUUCGCUGCCGACCCCGCCAGCCCCAUGCCGUACACCGACAAUGGCACCGUCGAUGAGAACGCCCCGACUACCAGCGAGGAGGACGCCGUCGCCGCCCUCCACGACGCCAUCGGCCAGAGGCUCGGUCUCCUCGUUCGCCUCCACGACGAGUGGGGCGCGCUCUUCAGCGAGACGUUCGCCAUGCAGAACGGACAGCAGUUGCCCCCUCUUAGUACCUAA